UGUGCUUAUAUAUACCAAUAUUGAAAAUUUUUAUUGUUUUGUCUUUUGAAGUAUUUCUGUCUCCAAGGAGCCUUAUACGUGCUUUCUUCUGUUAUAUUACCUAAAUAUAAGUAAAUUUCAGAAAUAUUUCUUAACAUUACAUAUUGUAAACGUCGGUAAAAUAAGCUACGAAGGAAAACGCUCGGGCAGAUUUGAAUCGAUCGUCGCGACUAAACCGGACAUCCGGCGACUCCAUAGUCCACACACGUUGUCUCUAGCUCAAGGGAAUAGAGAUCGCCGCAGCGUUUCUUUCUUUUCUGAACAGGCGCAGUCCUAGAGAACUCGCAAAAGGAGUAAAAGGCUCCUACAUAACCUGUCACUACCAAUAUAUUGUAUGAGUCAGAAGGUAGAAAAACCAGUAUUAUCGGGUCAACGGAUCAAGACCAGAAAAAGAGAUGAGAAAGAGAAGUACGAUCCGAACGGCUUCCGCGACGCGCUCGUGCAGGGUCUGGAGCGCGCCGGCGGCGACCUCGACGCGGCUUACAAGUUCCUAGACGCGGCUGGCUCGAAGCUCGACUACCGGCGGUAUGGCGAGGUCAUAUUCGACGUGCUCAUCGCCGGGGGGCUGCUGUUGCCCGGCGGCUCCGUGUCGAUGGACGGCGAGAGCCCGAAGACGAACACCUGCAUCUUUACCGCGAACGAGGAUAUGGAGACCAUGCGAAACUUUGAACAGGUAUUUGUGAAGCUGAUGAGACGUUACAAGUACUUGGAAAAAAUGUUUGAGGAAGAGAUGAAAAAGGUGCUAGUGUACCUCAAGGGUUUCGAGCCACUACAGCGCAUCAAGCUAGCUCGUAUGACCGCACUGUGGAUCGGUAACGGCUGCGUGCCGCCGUCGGUGCUGCUGGUGCUGGUGAACGAGCACCUGCUGAAGGACAACCUGGCGCUGGACUUCGUGCUCGAGGUGUUCGCCACCGUCAAGCAGGAGCGAGGGGUCACCUCACUCGUCACCGCGCUCAAGAGGGGACAGCUCGAAGGCAGGCUACUAGAGUUCCUGCCGCUGAACCGUCGGAGCGAGGACGUGUUGGCUUCAUCGUUCGCGUCGAGGGGUCUGGGCGAACUGCUGCGGCUGCAUCGUGCGCAAGCCUCACAGGAGGCGCGUCGUGAGCUGACGCAGGCGCUGCUGGACGAGCUGGCGGAGGAGAAGCCCGUGCGAGACCUCAUCCAGGAACUGCGCGACAUGGCGGUCAAGCACGCCAUACCCGACCACGAGGUCGUCGCCAUCAUUUGGCAGUGUGUGAUGUCCCGCGGCGAGUGGAAUAAGAAGGAGGAACUGUUGGCGGAGCAGGCGGCCAAGCAUUUGCGCUACUACACGCCACUGUUGGCCGCGUUUGCGCAGUCCGCCAAGGCUGAGAUCGCGUUACUUACUAAGGUUCAAGAGUAUUGUUAUGAGAACAUGAACUUCAUGCGCGCGUUCAGCAAGCUAGUGGUGAUGCUGUACAAGACGAACGUGCUGUCCGAGGAGGUGAUCCUCAAGUGGUACCGCGAGCCGAACUCCAGCAAGGGCAAGAUGAUGUUCCUCGACCAAAUGAAGAAGUUUGUUGAGUGGCUACAGAGCGCUGAGGAGGAAUCCGAGAGCGGUGAAGACGAAGAUUAGAUUAAGAGCAGCGAGUGAGACUGACAACACUAGGCGCCGUCCCACCAUUGAAGCAUAAUCACACGCCCGCGCACCGACAGCCCGACCUGUCCGCCCUGUCCGACUCGUCCGACAGUCGCGACAGCCGCGACAGACCGACCCGACACAUCCGCACGGGGCGGCGCUCCUACCGACACCCGGCCGUCGCACCUAUACCGAUAAUAAGUGUACCAUAAUAUAAAUAAUAAUAUUGUUAACACUAGGGCGACCACAGUACGGGACAAUGUUUUCUACAACUGUAUAUUAUUCAUUUCUAAAUAACAUGUUGAUGAAAUACCAUAUUUUUUAUUCAAUUUUUUUAGUAAAAUUCAAAUAAAUGGUGGAAACCA